AUGGCUCCGCAGCUAUUCCCGAAGAACCCCAGCGAGAGCAUGGUGAUCCGCAAUGUCACCUCCGACGUGGUCACCAUGAGCCUGCCAUUUGCACGAUUUGGUCGCCUGAAGUUUGGAGGUCGAGGAACAUUAGGUCUGUCUCACCUAGUGCCGUCUACUGGCGACGGGAAGAUUGUGAAACCAAAGAUCCCCCCUACUGACCACAUCACGAGGACAGUCAAAAUGGAAUCCGGCUCGAUCGCAGUCUUCUCGCCCGUGAGCCUGACCCCGGAAGUCCAAGCCGCCGUGACCUCCCUCGGUGGCAACGUCAAGUACAUCGCGGCGCUGGAUCUAGAACAUCAUCUGCACCUGACGUCGUGGAAGAACGCGUACCCAGACGCGGAGAUCAUCGCGCCCGAGGGCCUGUGGGAAAAGCGUCAAUCCAACCCCGAGUUCAAGGAUACGCCAUUCCGCCACGUCUUCCGCAAGGAGGACCCGCGGCCGCGGAAAGUCUCCGACGAGUUCGACGCCGAGUUCGAGUCCGAGUACGUGUACGGCCAUCCGUCACGGGAGCUCGUAUUCCUGCAUAAGCGUUCGCGCACCCUCAUCGAGGCCGACCUGUUGUUCAACCUCCCUGCCCGUGAGCAGUAUUCCAAGUCGAACGAGGGCGCCAAGAACUUCUUGACCAGCUUGAUUUGUCCGGCUUUGUCGACUGCGGCGCCGGCGACGUGGCAGAAGAGGUUCGUUUGGUAUGUCCUCUCGACGGCGGAUCGGCCGGCCUUUACCGAGUCGAUGCGUCGCAUUAAUAACUGGGAUUUCAAUCGCCUAAUCCCGUGCCAUGGGGAUGUGAUUGAGAGUGGUGCUAAGGGGGUUUUCAGAACGGUGAUGGAGUGGUUCUUGGAGAAUGAUAAGAAGAGGACCUAG